AUGGGUUGGUUCAGUAGAUCAGAGCCUCAAGAGCAGAAGAAUUCACAAGAGCAAGAUUCAAAUUUGGAGCAGACUCUAGGGUUUGACCCAUCUCAAUUGACCAAUGUUUCGAACGUCAUUCAAACACCUGGUGCCCUUGAUGUGAACAAAUUGCAUCCCCUAGCGGGACUAGACAAAGGUGUUGAAUUUUUAGAUCUAGAGGAAGAACAACUGUCAACAAUGGAAGGUUCCCAAGGUUUGAUUCCUUCACGUGGUUGGGGUGACGAUCUUUGUUACGGUACUGGUGCUGUAUAUCUAAUUGGAUUGGGAUCUGGUGGUGCAUAUGGUUUUUUUGAAGGUUUAAGAAAUAUUCCACCAAAUAGUCCGGGGAAACUACAGUUGAACACCGUGCUUAAUCAUGUAACUAGAAGAGGUCCAUUCCUUGGUAACAAUAUGGGUGUUUUAGCAAUGAUGUACAAUUUGAUCAAUUCCUCCAUUGACUCCUAUAGAGGUAAGCAUGAUACUGUCGGAUCGAUUGGUGCUGGUGCAAUCACUGGUGCCAUCUUCAGAUCAUCUAGAGGUUUAAAACCAAUGGGAUAUGCGUCUGCAAUGAUGGCAGGUGCCGCAGGUAGUUGGAGUUUGGUUAAAAAAUCGCUUCUAAAUUAA